AGCAAGGCCUCAAUGGUUCAAAGACAAAAAACUUAACAGGAGUUGAUCCAGACUCAUUAAAAUCUUAAAAAGUCAUCUCCACUGAGAGGGUAGCCAUGUGUAACCCAAAUCCCUCCUCUCCCUCCUCAUUCCUCUCUCCAAUGAAAACCCAUUUCGCAAAUCCCAACAAAACCAUGAAUGAUCUUAACAAUGAUGAAGAACUCCAUAGAUGGCCAACUCCCUCAGAGGCUGUGGAGGAAAUCAAAGCUAUAGGGAAAAUAUCAGGACCGACAGCUCUUACAGGUCUGCUCAUGUAUUCAAGGGCUAUGAUCUCCAUGCUUUUUCUUGGACACCUCGGACAGCUCGAGCUCGCAGGAGGGUCUCUUUCAAUUGGGUUUGCUAACAUCACCGGUUACUCUGUCAUCUCCGGCUUGGCCAUGGGAAUGGAUCCCAUUUGUGGCCAAGCAUACGGCGCCAAGCAAUGGAAACUCCUGGGCUUGACUCUACAAAGAACGGUCUUACUACUCCUGGCCGCCUCCAUCCCCAUUUCUCUUAUGUGGCUCAACAUGAAGAGGAUCCUGCUGUGGUGCGGUCAAGACCAAGAAGUCUCAACUGUGGCCCAUGUCUUCAUAUUGUUCUCCAUUCCAGACCUCUUCUUCCUCUCCCUCCUCCACCCACUCCGAAUCUACCUGAGAACCCAAAGCAUUACGUUGCCAUUGACGUGCUGUUCUGCAAUCUCUGUGAUUAUCCACGUCCCGUUAAAUUUCCUGCUAGUGGUGCAUCUGAAGAUGGGUAUUGCCGGGGUGGCCAUAGCCAUGGUGUGGACUAACCUCAAUCUUGUCCUGCUCUUAUCGGCCUUUGUGUUGUUCUCCGGUGUGUACAAAGACUCAUGGAUAGCGCCGAGCAUGGACUGCCUGCGAGGGUGGUCUUCUCUGCUGGGGCUGGCCGUGCCAACCUGCAUCUCAGUGUGCCUUGAGUGGUGGUGGUAUGAGCUCAUGAUAAUGCUAUGUGGCCUACUUGUUAAUCCGAAAGCGACCAUUGCUUCCAUGGGGAUCCUUAUCCAAACAACUUCAUUAGUUUAUGUGUUUCCAUCAUCUCUAAGCCUUGGGGUCUCCACAAGGGUGGGGAAUGAGCUAGGCGCGAACCGACCGGCUAAGGCCCGCAGCGCUAUGAUCGUGUCACUGGCUUGUGCAGCAGCUCUAGGUCUUGCAGCCAUGCUGUUCACUACGUUGAUGAGACAUCGGUGGGGUCAGUUCUUCACCGGCGACGCCGAGAUUCUGAACAUCACCUCAGUUGCAUUACCCAUUGUAGGGCUGUGUGAGCUUGGCAAUUGCCCGCAGACGACUGGUUGCGGGGUGUUACGAGGGAGCGCAAGGCCAACCACCGGCGCCAACAUCAAUUUGGGUUCUUUCUACUUGGUUGGUAUGCCUGUUGCCAUCUUUAUGGGCUUUGUGGCCAAAUUGGGCUUUCCAGGUUUGUGGAUAGGCCUGCUUGCUGCACAGGCAACAUGUGCAACGCUUAUGUUGUACGUCCUAGCCACCACCGAUUGGAUGCUCCAAGUGGAGAGAGCUAGGCAACUAACAUUAACUUCUUCAUCUUUUACCAAGGAACAACCUACAACUACAAACGUGUAUAAUUUGGAGGAGAUUUCGUGCAUUAAUGAUGGGUUUGUCAAGUCAUCAUCAGCCUCACAAGAAACAGACCCUCUCAUAACCACAGAAUCUACUGCACUUACUUCAAAUUAAAUCACAACUCUGAACUCUCCUCUUAAUUAUUAAUUUCCCGUUUCUUCUUUUUUUUUCCUCUUAUUAAUUUAAAGAGCUGGUAUGAAAAUUAUUGAUUGUAAUUCGAGAUGUGUUAUAGAUAAUUAAGACGUA